AUGAGUAUGGUUGUAGAAGAGAUUACAUUGCCAGACGCGACUCUCGAAUCUCUGUACUCGAUCUUCCAGCAAUGCGAUGACCGUCCCACCAAGCGCCGCAAGACUACCAAACGGGGCGCAAGGAGUCUGACUCAAGAAAAUGGGGUAUCAACGGCAGGAGUGCCUUUGGGCUACAUUCCAUUAGCAAGAUUGACAAUGCGCAUAAAACCCUUGAAUACGAACACGAACAAAUACCAAAGACCUUACGACCCAGACCUCUCCACCUCCAGUGUUUCUAUACUCAUUGAUGUUCGAAGCGUUCAUUUUCUCGAUGAAGAUCUGGACAAUGCGCCGCAACCAGACCCGGCCAAGGACGGCGCUGAUCGUAUGGAACUGGAACUAUCGAGUCUCGAUGAAAAGGAAUUGCUGAUAUAUCCAUGCGAGGAUCCACGGCUGUUCGAUCUCCUUGGGCAACUUCAGGCCGCCAGCAGACUUGCUCACGUGGACAAGUUCUCCAAGAAGGUGCCUACAGCCUGCUACCAAGCGCACCUGUGUGCCUUACCAGAUGGAGCAGGCUUUUCUCUCGAGACGGUUGUUCUUUGGAAGGAUUCUAUCGAGGUUCCAGACUCAAGCCGCUUGGGGGUAGCAGACCUGGAAGCGUUUACAAAAUAUGUGCUGCAGGAAAAAUGCGUUCGCCCAUCAGCAGACCCGCGCGAAUAUCGUGAGAGUAUGCUGGGAACCCCCAAAGAAUGGUCUCCCCGCGAUUUCUAUAAGAACGUGCACGUUCCCGAGGUCACAGACAGUUCAAAUAUCAAAUGCCCUGAUUUAAAAUGCAAGCUAUUUCCAUUCCAGCAAAGAGCUGUUCGCUGGCUCUUACAAAGAGAAGGAAGAGAUGUCGGGCCAAAUGGCGAAAUUAUGCCUAUGGGAGAACUUCCCAAAAGCGACAUUCCAGCAUCUUUCAAUUCCACGAAAGAUGCGGACGGACGGACCUACUACUUCAGUCAUCUUUUCAUGGUUCUGACAACCGACCUUUCUCUAUGGUACGAUGCCGCGGAUAACCUGAAAGGCGGAAUACUUGCUGAGGAAAUGGGGUUGGGCAAGACAGUCGAAGUGAUUGCAUUGAUAAGUCUGAAUAAGCGAGAAGAAUCGCAGAUCUGGAAGGCUGAUGCCGACGGGUUGAGACCUACUGGCGGCACUCUGAUUAUCACGCCCCCCGCGAUUCUUGAACAAUGGAAACAAGAGUUGAAAGAGCAUGCUCCUACUCUGAGUGUUCAUCAUUACAAUGGCAUCAAACGUUCGGGACAAGCAACCGACGACAUGAUUGUCGACGAGCUUGCCGAGUUCGAUGUUGUUCUGACAACCUACAAUGUCAUCGCGAAAGAAAUUCACUAUACGGGUGGUGGCCCACAGCGAGCUCUACGGCACGAAAAGCGAUUCGCACAGAGGAAGACACCACUCGUUCGUCUCUCAUGGUGGCGUGUAUGUCUGGAUGAGGCCCAGAUGAUUGAGAGUGGUGUCAGCAAUGCAGCGAAAGUAGCUCGCCUGAUUCCUCGAGAAAUGGCUUGGGCUGUGACCGGUACCCCGCUGCGCAGAAACAUAGACGACCUCUCCCUUGUGGAGAAGAUUGUGCUUGUGCUUUGGGCCAGUCUUGGCAAAAAUCAUAAACACAAUCGCUCUUCGGCACAGGAAAGGUCAGUUACUGGAGGAGCUCCGCUACCGCCUCAAAAGCGCAUUGUUAUCACUACUCCUUUCACGGCUAUAGAAGAACAAAAGUAUGGUCAGCUUUUUGAGCAAAUGUGCGAAGAAUGUGGUUUGAACGCCUCGGGAGCUCCCCUUCGAGGCGACUGGGAUCCCGAAGAUCUUGUAAUUGUCGAAAAAAUGCGUACUUGGUUGACAAGACUCCGUGAAACGUGCCUUCGCCCCAACAUUCGCUAUCGCCGAACCCUAGGUCAAGGUUCUGGUCCUUUGCAGACUGUGGGCCAAGUUCUGGAAGCCAUGACUGAUGCCAACGAGGCAGCUAUACAAGCCCUUGCUCUUUGGCAGAACGCAUUGGAUCAUGCCACGCGGCUGGUUGAAGACAGCAGAGAGCAGCUGCGCCUACUGAAGACCAAAGGCGCUACCAGUGACAAAGACGAGACUAAUCUAGGAUUUAUCAAUCAGGAUGGCGAGGAUGAUGAGGACGAAGAGGAUGAAGAGGCAGGCAAUAACAGCCGCCUCGGUGAGUGUCGACUGAAGCUUCGAGCUGCACUCGAGGUCCAGCAUAUUGCAGUAUUUUUCACUGCGAACGCAUAUUACCAAAUCAAGAGCGAUCCAAAUCUGACCCAGCCAGAUUCAGAUGAGUUUAAAGCGCUCGAGAAACGUGAAGAGGAGGCUUAUGAGGCCGCAAAAGUCAUUCGCAAAGAGAUGUUGACUGACGUUGCCCGGAGAGUUGAGCGCUACAUGAGGAAAGUCAAGAUCAAGGCACGAGACAAAGAAUUCGUGCACAUCCCGAAAAUGAAGCCCCAUCUCUACAGCAAAGGAGUCGAGGCAUACAAUCUGCUCAGCAAACUUGAAGAUUUCUGCGACGCUCUUAACAAGAAUGCCGAGCAAUACAAGGAAUGGCGGGAUGUCAUGGUUAGACUCGUCUCUCAGUCUCUCAUUGACCAGGAAGAAGAAGCAAAGCUUGAGGGCGAUGAGUAUGAGCGGUCAACAAAGCAUCAAGAUGAGAUGUAUGUCUACAUGGAGGCUUUGAGGUCAAUGUACAGCGACCGUUAUGACGCUCUCACUGGUUACAAGAACACUCUCAUUUCCCACGAAGCCAAAGCCGGAAUCAUCCAGGCCGAAAGAGGCGAGGGACCCUCUCCGCAACUAUUUCUCAAGAUCAUGGAUACUCGCAGUCAGCUUCAACCUGAUCCCAGUCUCGGAUCGCUCCGCGGCAUUGUCAGUGAGCUUCGCAAACUCGUGGCAUCGUUGGAGUGGCAAGCGAGCUCGGGCAAUUCUCGUGCUCGUGCUGAACAUGAGAUCGUCGAAAUGGUCCUGAAAAACGCCGGUCAAAUGAUCGCUGAGCAACUGAAAGUAUCGACCAAACUGAGCAGAGAAGUUGAAAGUUUCCGCGACAUCAUGAACAAUCGGCUGGAGUAUUAUCGUCACCUGCAGCAGAUUUCGGAUACGGUGGCCCCAUACGACGAGGAAAGCGCAGGCAAGCCGUUAGAUGAAUCCGCUUUUGCCCUAAGACUGGAGCAGGAGGAGUUGAUUGAAGGAAAGAUUGCCUCUCUCAGGUCUAAAGCAAGAUAUCUCAUUCAUCUAAGAGAUGACUCUAGCUCGGACAGCAACCCUCGAGAGUGCAUUGUCUGCCAAUCGACCUUCGAAGUUGGCGUGUUGACUGUGUGUGGUCACAAAUAUUGCAAAGACUGCUUGCAAUUAUGGUGGACUGCACACCAAAAUUGUCCAAUGUGCAAGAGGAAGCUGAAGCGCAAUGAUUUCCAUCGGAUUACAUACAAGCCACAGGAGCUAGUGGUGCAGGAGGAAAAGACACCUGUCAAAUUGAGCUACGAAGGUCAUUCUCAGAAUGCGAUUUACAGCGACAUCAGCUCCGGCCAUCUCAACGAGAUCAAGAACAUUGAUUUGGAGGAAUCUUACGGGUCAAAGAUUGACACUUUGGUCCGACACAUCCUAUGGCUGCGAGAACACGACCCUGGCGCAAAGUCUAUCAUUUUCUCUCAAUAUGGAAGCUUUUUGUCUUCAUUACAGGCUGUAUUCGGGUUUCUUGAAAUAUCCAGCACGACUAUUGACUCUCCGGAUGGUAUCGAGAAGUUCAAAUCAGACCCAGCUAUUGAGUGCUUUUUGCUACAUGGCAAAGCACAGGCAUCCGGGUUGAAUUUGACCGUUGCCACUCAUGUCUUCCUAUGUGAGCCACUCAUCAACACGGCAAUCGAACUCCAGGUCAUUGCUCGAGUCCAUCGUAUUGGACAACAUCGACCAACAACAGUAUGGAUGUACCUUGUCUCCGGCACGGUGGAAGAAUCCAUAUAUGAGAUCUCAGUAACCCGGCGUUUGGCUCAUAUCACGGAGAAAGAAAAGCAAGCCAAAGCGGCACUCUCGACAUCUCCUGCGGACGAUGACGAUGUUACAGAAGCGGCUAUUGAAUCUGCCAACUCGAUGGAACUACAAGAUGCCACUCUCACAACACUAAUGCAACGCGGCUCUGAAGGUGGCGAGAUGGUGAAGAAGGACGACCUUUGGCAAUGUCUCUUUGGAAAUACCAAGCAGAAAGAUGGCACUAAUCCCUCGGCUGAGGCAGAAAGGGAGGUUGGCCGGUUCUUGAGAGGCGAAGCUGCUGAGCAAAGAAGGGAAGGCUGA